CCUCAAUCACCCUGCCUUCCCAUGCGGCCGUGGCCAUUUGAUGCCUGCGAUUUCGCGAGCAAAGUCAUUGGGGAUCAUUGCAGUGGCCCUCAAUGCUGGUGUGUUGCUGCUGUUCAUGGUACACCUCUCGCCGCAGUUGCAGGUGUUGCUCUCUGACAUUUUCUCAGAUGAGGAGGUUGACUACAUGAUACCGCCGGAUCCUGACCCCUUGGAGUCCUUGGAGGAUGAUACACCAGUGGAAAGCGUGGGCUCUCACAUCCUCCAAACAGAAGCGGAGAUCGAGUGGUUUGCAGACCAGGCAGUCCACAGCUUCACAAAGUGGAAGGGUGUACGCCAUAAGGAGUUUUGGACUCCCGGCCCAAUAUGGGGAGGAGUCUUUAUUGUCUUGACGCUCUUCCUGAAUGGCGUCGCUCCGUAUGUGAUCCGCUGCUACGAGCUCCAGCAUCAAGUGGAGAAGGAACAAGCUGAAGCCUCGCAAGACAAGGACCAAACCAACUCGACCGAGAGUGAACCUGGCAAAAAAGCCGAAGAUACCGAAGCGCAGCCAUGUUUCCGCUCAACCUUUGGGUCACACUGGCAGCAGUUGAUCGACAUUUGA